GUACAAUUCCUGCCAACCUGUAAGGUUUGCCAAUUGUGCAAUGUGGUAGUGGAUGAAAAGUUUGUAGGUUAGGUGCUAUAGCAUUUAUUCAAGGAAAAUGAAGAAUCUUUUCUUACAUUAUCACUCUCGUAAUGAAUUUCCGACCGUUAGUAGCAUCGAGUGCUUCUGUGUCAGUGCUCAUUCUGAAGAAGUAUAUGUUUGCAGUAAUAACAUAAUUUACAAAUUAUCAGUUACAAGUGGACUCCUGAAAACUUUGUUCAGCCUUCAUGAAUAUUACGACACAGUUAUUCCUGCAGUUAUACAUAUAAGUUUCAAUUCAAUAACGGAGAGCCUUUACCUAGCGUUUAAAAAUGGGGAUGUUUUAACAUUUGAAUCCAGUUCCAAAGAGAUCCAAUGUGUGGGAUGUGUAGAAAGUGGUUUAAAAACAGUACAAUGGAGCCCAGAUCAAGAAGUAAUUGUUAUGGUAACUGGUAAGGAUACAGUCAUACUUAUGACUGGAAAUUUUGAUCCAGUUACAGAGGUUGAUCUCCAUCAGAGUGGUUUUGGAGAAAAACAAUUUAUCACUGUGGGAUGGGGAAAGAAAGAAACCCAGUUUCAUGGUUCAGAGGGUAAAGCUGCAGCUUAUGCCAUUCCAAAAUCACUUGAACAUCUGCCAGUUUUGGACGAUGGUCAGCCACAAAUUAGUUGGAAAGGUGAUGGAAGCCUCUUUGCCGUAAGCACGGUUAGACCAGAAGCAAACUCUCGAAAAAUAUUAAUAUUUUCGCGUGACGCUGUGUUACAAUAUACAAGUGAGCCUACAGCAGGAUUGGAGGAAGCAAUGUCUUGGCAACCAUCAGGCAGUCUUAUUGCUGUAUCACAAAGGUUCCCCAAUAAACAUGUUAUAGCCUUUUUUGAAAAAAAUGGACUCCGACAUGGAGAAUUUUCACUUCCAUUUGCCCAGAAUGAAUGUAAGAUACAUAAUCUUUCUUGGAAUUCUGAAUCAUCUAUACUUGCUGUGUGGUGUGAGUACAUUACAGGUAAAACAUGUCUUCAACUUUGGACAGUGAAUAAUUAUCAUUGGUAUCUGAAGCAAUGUGUCAACUUCUCAGCUGAAAAGAAACUUUUGGGAAUAGAAUGGGAUAUGCUGCACAGGAACCGUCUUCAUAUAAUGUGUGAGGGUUUGUGCUACAUGUGCUAUGACUGGAAAUGGAUUACAAACUGUAGUCAAGGCAGUACUAAAGCUGAUGGAGCCUUUGUAGCAGUAAUAGAUGGAGCCAAGAUUCUCUUGACAUCAUUUCGACAUGCAGUUAUUCCACCGCCACUCUGUGGCCAGACCCUGCAGGUAUCAGUUCCAGUAAAUUGCAUAAUGUUUGCACCUUGCAAGAAAGUUAACAACAGUUGUAUCACAGAUAGAGCAGAUGAUAAUAAAAUCAAUUCAAAUACCUUAUGCACUAUUCUGACUGAUGGAAGUGUGGUAGUGUUUUCUGAAUCAUCAUCAACUAAAUGUCAUGUACAACUGGCUGCUUGCAAUUUGAAUGGUGAAAAUGCAGCAGAAUUACAUCACUGGUUGUGGAUGACAGAAGAUACAUUCCUUUGUUGUCGAACACAUGGCUCAGUUUCAUAUUUGGUGGAAAUAUCAGUCGAUCUUAAUGCAGGAAAAAUGAAUGUCAGGAAGGAGAUUCACACCAAUGGCAUAGUAGUUUCUAUAGUGCUGAUACCAGAUGGUUCAGGAGCUGUUGUGCAGCUGGCAGAUGGCAUUUUGUUUCUAUAUAAAUUUGAUCAGGAUAAAUUGGUUCAGUAUUCAAAAGUACCUGAAGCAUGCGAGACUUUACAGGUUACUCUGAUAGAUGGGAAGGAUGUAUUACUGGGACUCAGUAAUCGUAAUCGCUUAUAUGUGGAUGGUCAAGAAGUAGCAAACAAUGUGACUUCAUUAGUGGUACAUUCAGAAUUCAUCCUACUGACCACUCUGAGGCACAUGCUAUUGUGUGUUCAAUUAAAUCUCAAGGGUUUGCAAUCUUUAAUAAAAGGGCAGUGUAGCCCAGGACGGCACAUUGAGAGAGGUGCACGUCUGGUGACCUCUGUUGCAGGAGAUACUAGUGUCAUACUACAAAUGCCAAGAGGAAAUCUAGAAUGUAUACAGCCACGACCUCUUACGCUUCAUGUAGCAACUGUUUAUCUUGAUUCUGGACAGUAUGGGGCAGCUUUUAAACUUCUCCGGAAACAGCGCAUCAAUCUGAAUCUCCUAUGUGACCAUCAACCUACAGAAUUCUUAGCAAAUAUAGAUUUUGUUGUGGAUGAACUUAAAGACCCCACAUGGCUCUCACUGCUGCUCUCUGAACUACAGGAAGGCAGUGUGACACUCACUAUGUAUAAGGAAUACUAUACACAUUUGGAGCAGCUACCUAGAAUACUUAAUAACAAGGUCCAGGUGGUAUGUGACGCAAUGCGUGAUGCUAUGUUACGUCGGCAAGAUGCAGACCGCUAUCUGCUGCCUGUACUUACUAGCUAUGUUCAAAAACAAUCAGACAAGGAUCUAGCAGAUGCACUAAUUAAGGUGAAAACUGUGAAAGAAGCAGAGAGAAGAAAUGGACAGCUUGAAAUUUCAGCUGAUGAGGCAUUAAAGUAUCUUCUGUACCUGGUGGAUGUAAAUCGUUUGUAUGAUGUUGCACUGGGACUUUAUGACUUUGACUUAGUCAUGCUAGUUGCUGCCAAGUCUAACAAAGACCCUAAAGAAUAUCUACCAUUCCUCAACAAGUUACGAAGGAUGGAACCAAAUUAUAGCUUCUUUCUCAUAGACAAGCAUUUGAAACGAUUUGAAUCAGCACUUUAUCACAUUUCACUCUGCCCCGAAGAGGAGUAUUUUCAAGAAUGUCUGGACCUCGUAAAGACACACAAACUUUUUUCCAAGGCUCUUGAUGUUUUCCCUAAAGGAAGUUCAAGGUAUCUGGAUAUAGCAACAGUCUAUGCAGACUAUCUUCUCGAUAAUAAAUUAUAUCAGGAAGCAGGGAUCAUGUACGCGAGAGCUCAGAAAUAUCACAAAGCACUGACGGCAUACCAGAUAGCUGGUGACUGGAGAGAGACACUACUCGCUGCAAACCAACUUCAGUACAAAGAGAACAAGUUGCAUGAAUUGUGCCAGCAGUUAGUGUCAAGAUUGAAAGGUAAAUGUCAGUUCGGUGAAGCCGCAGAAGUUCUCAGUCAUCAUUUGGGUGAUUUUGAGGAGAGCAUUGCUGUAUUGGUUCAAGGCAGGCUGUGGAAUGAAGCUGUUUGGUCAUCUUUUCAUUACAGAAGGGCAGACAUGAUAGAGACUCACGUGAAGCCAGGAAUAUUGGAACACUUGGAACAGCUCUCUGGCCAGCUCACUAGUUCCAAAAAACAGUUCACUGCAUAUAAAACUAGACUAAAUGCAGUGCGAACAGCUAAAGAGCAACUUCAGAUAGAAGAGAAAGAUGGUGAACUACAGGAAGAAUAUGACUUAUAUUCAGAUACAAGCAGUAUUAUGUCAUCAACUCUCACUGCAUCAUACACAGGAUCACACACAUCAGGACACAGCCGCAGAUCCAGUAAGAACAGACGUAAACAUGAGCGAAAGAUGCUAAGUCUUAAAGAAGGGAGUCCAUAUGAGGAGUUAGCACUGGUUCGAGCCUUGCAUCAGGUCAUUACAACUACUUACAAUGCUACAGAAGAAGUACAAAGCUUGUGUCUAGUAUUGCUCAGAUUUGACUUUGAUAAGGAGGCAGCAAACUUGCAGAAGCUUCUUUCAGACCUGAUACAAGAAAUGGACAAUGCGAAACAUGAAAUAUGGACAACUGAUCUGAUGGAACAGCCACUAGUAGGCUUUGGUCCUGAUGCAACAGUCAACAGUUUAACAACAAGAUUCCAGAAUCAGGGUCUAACAAACUCCAACCUUGCACUAUUAGAACCAAAUUUUAGAUUUCCACCACAAAAUAAAAAUAUCAGCUGGAAGGUCAGCAUACUCAGCGCAGUGUGAAGAGAUGGACACAUUUGGUAACUACAGUCAUUGGCACACAAGAUCUGCAGGUUAAUUUUAUUAUUUACAGAUUUAUAAUUAAUAAUAAUAAUAAUUCAUUUCAUUGAUUUAUGGUCCUUAUAAAAGCCAUAGAAGGCCAAGUACAGGAUAAGAAAUAAUAAAACAAAAUCUACAAAUACAGUAUGAAAUGUACAGAGUAUGGACAAAGAUAAGCUAAAAGGAAGUCUAAUUAUAUGUUAUAAAAUAUCCAUAAGCCAAAUAUAUAAUGUUUGUUAAAAAUGACCAUGGGCGCCUCGUAGUUACAGUAGGCGUUCAAAGUGGGCGUUAUCCAUUUCAAGGCGGAAAGCAAUUGGUCAGAUAGCUGGGGAAAGGCCAAAGUUAGUAAGCUUAACAGAAUAGUAAAUUAUGAGGAAGAAUGGAAUAUCGUCUAAACCAACGCUCGGACAGUUUUAGACAGUUUUCAGCCCUGCUGAUUUAAACUGCAUCAUAAUUGUUAAAUUUCCGAAAGUAAGGAAGAAUAUUUUAUUUUGUGGCAGUGGUAUUUUCAUGUGCUUUGUUUUACUUUUUACAACAGUGAUGGUCAAAUUUGGAUUAAUUAUGAAACAGACCUUCACAUUUAGUCAUGAUAUAUGUUAAACUAUUGAAAGUGUGAACUAUAAUUUGGUAGGCAGCAUUUUACCUGUUUCUGCAUAACUCUGAUUCCUCUAACUUGUAUUGCUGCUUUUUAAAUGAAAUUAAAUCUUUCAGAUGUAUAAUGUAAAAGAAAAUUUCACAAAAAUAAAGCUAAUAAAAAUAAGUAA